ACCUUUUCCAACAAGGCAUAAGCCGUUUUUCUCCAACUCAAAUCAUCCCCUGGAAUAAUUGGAUCAGUUUUGCCCACCGGCGGACCUUUUGUCUUCUAUGAAUCAACAUGGAAAGGAAUCUUAAGAAUGUUUUGGUCAUUUCUUUCGGAUUUUUACUUCUCUUUACUGCUUACUCAGGACUCCAGAGCCUACAGAGCAGUCUUAAUGCAGAAGAAGGCCUGGGGGUUGCUUCCCUAAGUGUUCUGUAUGCUGCACUCACCUUAUCGUCCAUGUUCCUGCCUCCCAUCAUCAUCAAGCAGCUGGGCUGCAAGUGGACCAUCGCAGUCUCUAUGUGCUGCUACGUCGCCUACUCCUUAGGGAACUUCUAUGCUAGCUGGUACACACUUAUCCCUACCUCUAUGAUCCUGGGCUUAGGAGGAGCACCACUCUGGUCUGCCAAAUGCACUUACCUCACUAUUGCUGGCACUUUGUAUGCUGAGAAAGCAGGAAAAAGUGCUAAAGACAUUAUCAACCAAUACUUUGGGAUCUUCUUUCUGGUGUUUCAGACUUCCGGCGUCUGGGGAAAUCUUAUCUCAUCCUUGAUACUUAGCCAAUCUUCCAACCAAGGGGAGAUCUCAGAAGAAGACCUGGAAUGCUGUGGAGCAUAUGACUGCCUGACUGAUACCACUAACAGCACUGGCUCAGAAAGACCCUCUGACUCCUUAAUCUACACACUGUUAGGGGUCUAUACUGCUAGUGGUGUGCUAGCUGUGUUGCUGGUUAUUAUAUUUCUGGACCAGAUCAAAUCUGACCAAGCAGAGACUGAGAAAGAAAAAACACCUUUUUGGUCUACGUUCCUAGCAACUUUACGGCAUCUUAAAGAUAAAAGGCAGUGUCUUCUAAUCCCUCUGACAAUGUACAGUGGGUUUGAACAGGCAUUUCUUAGUGGAGACUUCUCAAAGAGUUUUGUGACCUGUGCCCUGGGGAUACAGUAUGUUGGCUAUAUGAUGAUCUGCUUUGCAGGUAUAAAUUCCCUCUGCUCUCUGCUCUUUGGAAGGAUCUCCCAGUUCACGGGUAGAAAACUUCUAUUUGCAUUAGCUGCAGUUCUGAACACAAGCUGUUUAAUAACAGUACUGCUCUGGAAACCUGAUCCCAAGCAGCUUGCUGUGUUUUUUGUAAUCCCUGGUCUUUGGGGUGUGUCUGAUGCUGUUUGGCAAACACAAACUAAUGCACUUUAUGGCAUUUUAUUUGAGAAAAACAAGGAGGCUGCCUUUGCAAAUUACCGUCUCUGGGAAUCAGUUGGAUUUGUCAUCGCCUUUGCUUACAGCACCAAACUGCAAGUCUACAUCAAAGCCUCCAUUGUACUGUCUGUGCUUGUGCUGUCCAUGCUGACCUACGGAGCAGUGGAGUACCUCGAGGCUAAGAGCUCCCCUGGGACACCUGCUGCUACAAAGAAGGAAAAUGGGGGGCCCCACUCCCAGGAAACACACAUGUAAUCCAACAGGGAUUGGAUUGAGUGAUGAAGGCAAAGCAAACUGGCCAGGUCCUUACAGGCAUGUCUCCAAGGGUGCUCCAGUGUAUACUGUAUCCAGAAAGACAGUAAAGGAACAGAUUUCAAGGGCAUUAUAAUGCAAAUAUCUCAGGAGUAAAAACCUCCUUAGACAUCUCACCUUUAUAAGGGAAGAUUAUGGGACUUUAUCCUUUCACGCAGAUGACCAACUAAUUAAUAAAGUCUUAAGAAAUGUAAGC